GAAUUAUUAGUAUUUCCCAUUGAGUUGGCAAUGAAAGUCGUGAUAAUUUUAGCAAUCUGUGCGCUGACCGCAGUCGCUGCCGUACCCAUUCCUGAGGAGGAGCGUGUCAGCGGUGAGAAUGGUUGGUAUAUUCCUCAAGCUGAUGGCUCAUUAGUUUGGGUCUCAAUCGAGGAGGGCGAACAAAUGCUUGAUGAAUUGGAGAAUAAAGAAGAAAUAGAGGGCCGACUUUCAACAGUGCCAGUAAGUUUCUACUUGUAUACAAAUAGAAACCCGUCAAAGAAACAAAAGAUUACCGAAACUGCAAAAUCCAUUAACAAUUCCGACUUCGAUGCCAGCAAUCCAACGAGAUUCGUUAUACACGGUUGGACCCAGAGCUAUACCGCUGGUAUGAAUAAGGAUAUUCGUGCAGCGUGGCUGGGACGUGGAAAAUAUAAUGUGAUCAUUGUCGAUUGGGCUCGUGCACGUUCCGUUGACUAUGCUACAUCCGUUGUUGCGGUACCCAAAGUUGGCAAAAAGGUGGCCAGUAUGAUCAACUAUUUGGUGGAGAACUUUGGCAUGAGUUUGGAAGAAACCGAAGUGAUCGGUCAUAGUUUGGGUGCUCAUAUAGCGGGUUAUGCUGGUAAGAACACCAAAAAUGGAUUGCUUCACGCCAUAGUCGGUUUGGAUCCCGCCCUACCACUCUUCAGUUAUAACAAGCCCAACAAACGUUUGAACGCCAACGAUGCUAAUUAUGUCGAGUCCAUUCAGACCAACGGCGGUCAACUAGGUUUUCUUAAACCUAUAGGUAAGGGCGCCUUCUACCCGAACGGUGGUAAGAGCCAACCUGGCUGUCUUUUGGAUGUAACUGGUGCCUGCAGUCAUGCGCGCUCCACCGCUUACUACGCUGAGGCUGUGGCCCGUGAUGACUUCCCCAGCAUGAGUUGUGGUGACUAUCAGGAAGCAGUGAAAGAUGAUUGUGGCAGCUCUUACAGUGGUGUGAAAAUGGGUGCAGUGACAAAUGCUUAUAUGGUGAAUGGUGAUUAUUAUGUACCCGUACAUAGUUCUUCACCAUAUGGUUACGGUUAUGCUUAGACAUUUUAGUAAUAUUAAUGUA